GAUCGAGGCCGCGGCCGCGGCGGCCGCUUCGGUUCCAGGUUCCGACCCUUUGUGCCUCACAUCCCCUUCGACUUCUAUGUGCCACACAGGUGGGAGUUCCUGGAUGCUUGUGCAGCUCCUGUGGGCUGGCAGGAGCCAGGGGAUGAAUCCUGGGAAUUCUGUCCUGUUCCAGUGUGAGAUGGCGUUUCCCCGCGUCAAGCCCGCGGCAGAUGAGACAGCCUUCAGCGAGGCACUGCUCAAAAGAAACCAGGAUCUGGCUCCCACCGCUGCCGAGCAGGCUUCCAUCCUGUCCCUGGUGACCAAGAUCAACAACGUCAUCGACAAUUUAAUUGUGGCACCGGGAACGUUUGAAGUGCAAAUCGAGGAGGUUCGCCAGGUGGGCUCCUACAAGAAGGGCACGAUGACGACGGGGCACAACGUGGCGGAUCUGGUGGUGAUCCUGAAGAUCCUGCCCACCUUGGAAGCCGUGGCAGCCUUGGGGAACAAGGUGGUGGAGAGCCUGCGGGCGCAGGACCCCGGCGAAGGUGAGGCCGCACUCCAGAGCCGUUCCCUUGGGGAUUCCCAGCCCCUCCACACGGAAUUCCCGGUUUUUCCCCUCAGUGCUGACCAUGCUGACCAACGAGACCGGCUUCGAGAUCAGCUCGGCCGACGCCACGGUGAAGAUCCUGAUCACCACGGUGCCGCCCAACCUGCGCAAGCUGGACCCGGAGCUGCACCUGGACAUCAAGGUGCUGCAGAGCGCCCUGGCCGCCAUCCGGCACGCGCGGUGGUUCGAGGAGAAUGCCUCGCAGUCCACGUGAGUCCACGGGGCCAGGGCUGGAUCCAAAUCCUUGUUCCUGGCGUGGGGCUGAGCCUCCUCCUCCUGCCUCUGCCCCACAGGGUGAAGGUUCUGAUCCGGCUGCUCAAGGACCUGAGGAUUCGCUUUCCCGGCUUUGAGCCGCUCACACCCUGGAUCCUGGACCUGCUGGGGCACUACGCCGUGAUGAACAAUCCCACCCGGCAGCCCCUGGCCCUCAACAUCGCCUACAGGCGCUGCCUCCAGAUCCUGGCGGCCGGGCUCUUCCUGCCGGGCUCCGUUGGGAUCACGGAUCCGUGCGAGAGCGGAAACUUCCGCGUGCACACGGUGAUGACGCUGGAGCAGCAGGACAUGGUGUGCUACACCGCCCAGACCCUCGUGCGCAUCCUCUCCCACGGGGGAUACCGGAAAAUCCUGGGACAGGAGGGUGACGCCAGCUACCUGGCGUCCGAGAUGUCCACGUGGGACGGGGUGAUUGUGACGCCGUCGGAGAAGGCGUACGAGAAACCUCCGGAGAAGAAGGAAGGGGAAGAGGAAGAGGAAAACCAGGAAGAGCCGGCGGCGGGAGAGGAGGAGGAGAGCAUGGAGACACAGGAGUGAGGGCCCAGGGCCACCUGCGCUGCCCAGAGCAGGUGAGGGGACCCUGGCUGUGGGACAGCAGAGGGUCUGGGCCCCUCCUCGCUCGCCCACCGUGUCCUUGUGCCCUGUUCCUGUUCUGCACAUUAAAGUGUCAC